AUGACUAAUGGUGAUCAGGUCCAGAUCUUCUUCAACUGUUGUAAACCGGAAAUCCGGAUGGUUCUGAAUGGUGCAGCGGGUGGCACGAUCAAAUCCCUAAGAGCAAAUGAGACUCUUGAGUUGAUCGAGAGGAUGGCUGCCAACGAAAACCAAGGGUUGUCAGCAAAGCCUAAGAGAGGUAUCCUUCAACUGGAAGGUAAUGGUGUUGUGCUGGCUGAAAACAGUUUAUUAUCUCAGCAAGUAGCAAACUUGACAUCAAGGCUUGAGAAGAUGCAGCUUGCUGGUGUUCAGACUAAAGUUGUUGCCAUUGUGUGUGAAUACUGCCAGGACAAUCAUGAAUCUAAUGAAUGUCCUACUUUGCUGUCUUCUGAUCCUCCUCAACAAGUGCAUGUUAAUGGUGUUUGGUAUGAUCAAAGACCUCAGCCACACAACAUUCCGAGGACUCAGAAUUAUCCUUCUGGAGGCAAUAAUUUUCGGAGGAGAGUACAAGGAACUGGACUUGAUUUCAAGUCUAAUAAUUAUUUGCAGCCUCCACCAAUUCCAGCUAAAGAACCUUCUGAGUUAGAGAAGCUAGUUGGACAAAUGGCCCAACAUUCAAAUGCUUUUAUGGAAGAGACUCGAGCAAAUACCAAGAAUACACAGGCUUCUAUCAGAAACUUGGAGAAUCAAAUUGGCCAGCUGGCCAAACAAAUGGCUGACAGAACUCCUGCUCCAGAAAAGCCGAGCAAAAAUGUGGAAGCUAAUGAGAAGCUUAAGGCAGUUGAGGAGCCAGAAAAAGAGGUGGUGAUUCCUUCUGAUGUUGAGACACCUCUUCAGAAAGGCGAUUGUUUUAGACUCGAGCAAGUGGGAAAGGAAGAAAAAUCUUCUAGUCAAGAGCUUGAUGAAGAACUUGAGGUGCAUAAGAUUGUUCCUGCUAAGGAAAAAAAGAAUAUAGUCUUUGAAGUUCCUGAAAAAGCAUAUGAUUACAAAGAAGAUGGUAACUCAAAAGUGAAAUUGAAGGAUCUUCCUCAAACUCUAAAAGAUGAUGUCAAAGAGGUGAUGACGCUUCAAAGGAUGCGUAAUCCUACAAAGAAGAAG